ACGCCGGGGGAGCAGGAGUUGCCCACGGUAACCGUGCAGGAAAGUUCACUUUAAUCAGCAGAGAGACGGGGACGGCUCCUUCCUCGUACAGGGAACGGAGAGCAGCAACACCUCAUCACCCCCUCGGACACCCUGCCCAGUGAGUAACACGUUUGAGGUUUCCCUGAAGGAAGCUGUUGUUUGGCUGCAAAAGGAGGAAAUAAAUCAGCCUGCUUGUCAUACUGUUGGCUCCCUGUGAGGUGCUUACAUGAGGUAACGAUAGGCCAAAACAACCUUCUCAGUGGUUUUUGAGCCAAGAAAUGGGCCAGAAAAUCUCAGGGAAUAUAAAGUCUGUGGAUGUGAGGGAACCAGCCUACAGGCCAGUUAAGCGGGAGUUGAGAGGCCCUGACUUCUGCAAGCCAACUCGGCUUGACAUGCUACUGGAUAUGCCAUCAGCUUCUCGCGAGAUUCAGCUAAAACAUGCUUGGAACAACGAAGACCGGUCUCUGAACAUUUUUGUUAAAGAAGAUGACAAGUUAACCUUUCACAGACAUCCAGUAGCCCAAAGCACAGAUUGUAUCCGAGGUAAAGUUGGAUACACACGUGGGCUUCAUGUCUGGCAGAUUCACUGGCCUACAAGGCAAAGAGGAACACAUGCUGUGGUUGGUGUGGCAACAGCGGAAGCUCCAUUACAUUCUGUGGGAUACACCUCGUUAGUUGGAAGUAAUAAUGAAUCAUGGGGUUGGGAUUUGGGUCGCAACAAACUAUAUCACAAUAGUAAAAAUCAGCCAGGACUAACCUAUCCAGUGUUUUUGGAGCCAGAUGAAUCAUUUGUCCUCCCUGAUAGUUUCUUGGUGGUUUUGGAUAUGGAUGAAGGAACACUGAGUUUUAUAGUGGAUGGACAAUAUCUGGGUGUGGCCUUCAGAAGUCUGAAAGGGAAAAAACUGUACCCAGUAGUCAGCGCAGUCUGGGGACACUGCGAAAUAACAAUGAGAUACAUCAACGGACUUGACCCGGAGCCAUUGCCUUUAAUGGACUUGUGCAGAAGAUCCAUUCGCCUUUCUCUUGGCAAGGAACGGCUGCAUGAAAUAGAGACCCUACCCAUGCCUGUUUCUCUGAAGAAUUAUUUGCAGUACCAGUGAUGAAUAAAUUUGGACUAAGCUGGAAAGUCAAUGCAAUGGAAAGCUGUAGUUUACAUCUUUUGAUCUGUGGAGGAUUCACAGUUGUUUGAAAUAUCAUAUGACUUACAAAUAGACAAUGCUUAGAUAGGAAUUAGAGGAGAACCUGUCAUAUGA